CCGUUAUGCGACGUCGUUUGUGGAACGGUGUUGAAGGGCGGUUCUGAGAGCGCGCUCACUCUCCCUCCCUCCCUCACAACUGGAGAAUAAAUUGGAACCCAAAAUUCAACAACGCCGGAACCCUAAUUCCACACAACAAGAUCACGCGAACAAACACAGUCAGUCACAUUCCGAUCAUCAAAUCAUGUUCUCUAUUGCAGCUAUCAACGAUACCGAUACUAAAACCCAGUGGGAACCGCUAGCUCCCACCAAAGAAGCCCAGGAAUUUCAUCUUUCUCAAACUUAUCAUGAUGGACUUCUCAAGCUACAAGCCAAAGAUUAUGAGAAGGCUCGCGAGCUCUUGGAAUCUGUCCUUAAAGAUCCUCUUGUUGCUAAUGCUCAGGUGGAGAGCAGUGCAAGUGACGGUCAUCUGUUGCAACUCAGAUUUUUGGCUUUGAAAAACCUCGCUACUGUUUUCCUUCAGCAAGGUUCUACGCAUUAUGAGAAUGCACUGCACUGUUAUCUUCAAGCCGUGGAGAUUGACUCUAAGGAUUCUGUUGUCUGGAACCAGCUGGGAACAUUGUCGUGUUCAAUGGGCGUACUAAGUAUUUCACGUUGGGCAUUUGAGCAAGGCCUCUUGUGUAGCCCUAAUAACUGGAAUUGCAUGGAAAAGCUUUUGGAAGUUCUUAUUGCAAUUGGUGAUGAGGUUGCUUGCCUUUCUGUUGCUGAGUUGAUUUUAAGACACUGGCCAUCACAUUCUCGUGCUUUGCACGUUAAAAAUACCAUUGAAGAAUCAGAACCAUUGUCAUUUGCUCCCAAAGGGAUAGACAAAUUGGAACCUAAACAUGUGCGGCUCAAAUUCCCUGACAAGAGAAAAGCUACUAAGGAAAAUCUAGACGAGGACGUUCCGUACAAAAAGCUGAAGCAGAAUAAAGAUCUGCACCUGAAAGAAGCUUCCUGGGUGGCCCUUGCUGAUGCACUAUUGGAAACAUUAUUGCCGUUGAAUCUGCAAAGUUCUGACAUGGAUUCUGAAAAAGCAAGCUAUUCUCCGGACAUUAGGAUAAGCAUAAAGCUAACUUGCGGUUCAGAAGCUGUUAUGAACACUGUGGAAGUGAAAGGGUCUAAUAGUGAAAGUAGUGGUUUUAUUGAUGGUAAUAUAGAUCGAUCAAGUAUUCCUAAAGCGAAAGAAGCAAACAUUCAAGAAGAACAACCGCAUGAAAGACGAAGUUCUCGGCUUGAAAGGCUCCGGAGUCGUAAACCGGGGAAUGAAGAAUCUGAUUCUUGUGGCAAGGACUGUGCCAAGGUAGUCAGUCAAUAUCUAGAAUCUUUUAUUGCUGGUGGAUUGAGCGGUCGAGAUACUAUUAAUGGUGAUACCACGACACUAUCUUGUUUAGGAAAUUCUGAAUAUAAUAAUGUUUGUGCAUUUUUAAGAGAAACUUCAAACAAUUAUGGUUCCUACCAUAUGGGGCACUUGCUUCUAGAAGAGGUUGCAAGACAAGGCCUGAGAUAUCAGGAUGCUUUUGUCAAAUUUCUGGAGUUGGAAAAGUUGACUAGGCAUUGGGGAAAGGAGAGAACGGCUGAAUGUAAUAUUUUUCUUGCUGAGCUGUAUUAUGACUUUGGGUUAUGCUCCACCAAUGGUUCUAAACAAUCAGAAUUUUUAUCAGAGGCAUCUUAUCAUCUCUGUAAGAUCAUAGAGUCUGUAGCUCUUGAGUAUCCUUUUCACUUGACCCAUGCCCAGAAUGAAAGUUGUUUUCUGAUUGAUGAUUUCCAAAUGGCUAGUGGAACAUCAAUAGAUACCUCCACUGAGAGCAGUUCACAUUUAGACAGCUCACUUCUGAUGAAAAACAGUUCAUUCUGGGCUCGAUAUUUCUGGCUAAGUGGGAGAUUGUCUAUUUUUGAUGGCAACAGGGAAAAAGCUUGUGAAGAACUUUGUACUGCUUUGUCACUUUUGGCAAAGAGGGAUAAUAUGGAACAUUCUCCAGGUCCAGUCUGCCGCCCACAUUGCAAGGGUGUAAAAGAGCUAAACAUUGACAGAGUUCGUUACGAAAUUAACAUAUUAAAGGUCAAUUUCUUGAUGGAAAAGUCUGUCAUUAAGAUGAUGGAACAAGAAAAGUUUCUUGAGUGUGUAUCCCUGCUUUCUCCACUUAUGUUUUCCACACAGGAUGUCUACGUCGAUUCAUUUUCUUUAUUCUUGGCAGAUAAAAAAGAUGAAAAAAUAACUUCCGUUGAACUCAUGGCUCUAGAUAUUCUAACUGAAGCAUGUCAGAAGUCAAGGUCAAUGGAUGUAGAGAUGUACUUCAAUUGCCAUUAUAGGAAGCUGAAAAUACUUAUGGCAAUGAUGGGGUUGAAUAAAUGUGUUACGUCAUUUAAUUCUUCUGAUCAAACUCUUGGUUUAAGUGCAUCUUCCAAUUCUGGUAUUGAUUCAAAUGAAAGUUCUAACAAGCACUUUAGUCACUUGGUUGUUGAAGAAGUGAAGGCACUCUCUGACUGUAUCUCAAAAGUAAAGGAAGUUAUUGAUCAUCAGGGAGAUUCUGAUGCCCUUAUUGUUUCAACAAGCAGCAUUUGCCAUCUGCAAUCUCUACUGUUGUUAAUCAUGAGCUACUUCGCUAAUGUACUUGUCUGCAACAAAGCCUCUGCCCAAGUAAUUUCUGAUCCAGUGAAAAGCAGCUGUUUUGUUGAUGCAGCCAUUAUUUUCUGUAAACUCCAGCAUCUUAGCCCAAAUACACCUAUCAGAACUCAAGUUGAUUUAAUAGUUGCAACACAUGACUUGCUUGCUGAGUAUGGGCUUUGCUGUGUGGGUGAAGGGGGCAAAGGUGAAGAAGGAACAUUCCUUAGAUUUGCUAUAAAGCAUCUCUUGGCCUUGGAUAUGAAGCUCAAAUCCAGGUUUAACCUUCUAGAUAAAAAAUCAAUGCACUGCGAAGAAGUGCCCGAAGACGCUAUUGUUAAUUUAUCUGUUGAAGAUUUAAAAUCAAAUACAUCAGAUAUCUGGAACAAAGUUGAUGACGUCAAUUCUGUGAAAAAGGAUGUAUCUGAAGGAAUAAUGUCUGAAGGCAUUUCAUCAUGCAAAGUUCAUGAUAAAGACAGUAAGGAAGUAGAGUUUGGAAAUCAUGGAGGUUCUCAGACUGACAGUGAGUUCGUGAAGGGUGAAAAUUUGUGCAAUGACUCGAUUGAAUGUGAAAACGAACUUUCAGAAGAUGAAAGGGAUGAACUUGAGUCUAAAAUUGACAGUGCCUUAGAUCAGUGCUUUUUCUGUUUAUAUGGAUUAAAUCUAAGAUCGGAUUCAUCAUAUGAAGAUGAUAUGGUGACACACAAAAAUACAAGCCGAGGAGACUAUCAAACCAAGGAACAGUGUGCUGAUGUUUUCAAGUAUGUUCUUCCCUAUGCAAAGGCAUCUUCUAGGACUGGACUGGCCAAACUUCGUAGAGUUUUAAGAGCUAUACGGAAGCACUUUCUGCAGCCACCAGACGAUCUGUUGGAAGGAAAUCCUAUAGACAAGUUUCUGGAUGAUCCUAAUCUAUCUGAAGAAAAUCUCUCAGAGGAGGCUGGGGCUGAUGGUUUUCUUGAAACUCUAACUAAGAUCAUGUUCCCUGAUGCGGGAGGCCUUGCACAAUAUAAAACAACACUAUUGAAGAGGUCUGAGCCAUAUUUGGAGGUUUACUGUAACUUGUAUUAUUUCUUAGCUCUGUCCGAGGAAAUGAGCGCAACAGAUAAAUGGCCUGGAUUUGUGCUGACCAAGGAAGGAGAAGAAUUUGUUGAACAAAAUGCAAAGCUCUUCAAAUUCGACCUCGUAUACAAUCCGUUGCGCUUUGAAAGCUGGCAACGGCUUGGAAAUAUUUAUGAUGAGGAAGUAGAUUUAUUGCUAAAUGAUGGUAGCAAGCACAUCAAUGUGGUAGGAUGGAGGAAGAAUCCUACUUUAUCUGAGAGAGUGGAAACAAGCCGGAGGAGGAGUAGACGGUGCCUACUAAUGAGUUUAGCUUUGGCAAAGACAUCUGCUCAACAGUGUGAGAUACAUGAGCUUUUGGCAUUGGUUUAUUACGACAGCCUUCAAAGUGUAGUCCCCUUUUAUGAUCAGAGAUCUGUUUUGCCCUCAAAGGAUGCAACAUGGGUGAUGUUUUGUGAGAACUCAAUGAAACAUUUUAAGAAAGCCUUCUCAUUGAAGCAAGAUUGGUUGCAUGCAUUUUACUUGGGUAAACUCAGCGAGAAGCUUGGAUAUUCACUUGAAAUUGCAUUAUCGUACUACAACAAUGCUAUUGCUUUGAACACAUCAGCUGUUGAUCCUGUGUAUAGGAUGCAUGCCUCACGCUUGAAGCUAUUAUUUAAGUCAGGAAGACAGAAUUUGGAGAUUUUGAAGGUUCUUUCAUUAAACUCCUUUAAUCUAUCUGUAAAAGAAGCCGUUGCGAGUAUCCUUGGUGAUAUGGAUAGCUCGUUCAUAGAUACUAAGGAGGAAUGUGUUCAUGCCAAUUCUGUGGAAGCGAAGCAUGAAGGGUUGCUGAAAUUGGAUAAAGUAUGGUCCAUGCUUUACAGCGAUUGCCUUUCUGCGCUUGAAACUUGUGUAGAGGGGGAUCUCAAACAUUUUCAUAAGGCCAGAUACAUGCUGGCUCAAGGGCUGUAUAAAAGGGGUGAAAGUGGUGAUAUAGAAAGGGCAAAAGAUCAACUAUCAUUCUGCUUCAAAUCUUCACGCUCAUCAUUUACAAUAAAUAUGUGGGAAAUUGAUAGCACAGUAAAAAAGGGAAGGCGCAAGACACCUGGUUCUGCUGGGAACAAAAAAGCCCUUGAGGUUAACUUACCUGAAAGUUCUCGAAAGUUCAUUACAUGCAUUCGAAAGUAUGUGCUGUUUUAUCUCAAACUAUUGGAGGAGACGGGAGAUAGAGGUAUUCUUGAACGUGCAUAUGUUUCUCUUCGGGGAGAUAAGCGGUUUUCAUUAUGUAUGGAAGAUCUUGUUCCAGUGGCCAUUGGAAGAUAUUUAAGGGCACUGAUUUCAACUUUGUGCCAUUCUGAGACUACUGCCUCUGGGUCAGUGAGCAAUUCUGAUAAUGUGCUGGAGAGGAUGUUUGCUUUGUUCAUCGAGCAAGGGAGCUUAUGGCCCGAAAUAUACAGCUUGCCUGAAAUUGAAGGCCCAGAAACAUCAGAGACUAUCAUAUAUGGAUAUCUUCAUGAACAUAUUGUCUUGUUGGAAAAGAAUGGAAAAGUGGAAACCCUGGAAGCAAUAAAUGAGAAAAUUCGGAGACGUUUUAAGAACCCAAAGUUGUCAAAUAGUAGUUGUGCAAAAGUUUGCAGGCACGCUUCUGUUGCUUGGUGCCGAUCUCUUAUAUAUAAUCUGGCACAAAUCACUCCUUUAUCAUGUGGAUUUUCAAAUGGGAUUCAGGCCCUUAAUUUGACUGAUGGUGGGACGGAUAGUAGCCAAUUGCUCUGUAUUGAUUUGCAGCCACGUGAAUUAUGGGGUACAGCUUUUGAAGAUCCAACUCAUUUAGAAAAGAUUGAAACAAAAUGGAGUGCCAUUUUAUCUAAAGUAAAAAAUAUAAUGAUCAAGAAAGUUUCUGAUGAAAAUUUGGAAACUGCUAGCACUUUGCUCAAAGCUUGCUAUAAUUUUUACCGGGAGAGUUCUUCUGUGGUGCUGGCGUCUGGCCUCAACUUUUAUUUGAUUCCAUCCCAAUUGGUAACAGAAACACCAUUCAACCCAAGUAUGGUUGGGAUUGAAGCACUUGAUCUGAGCAUUCCAAGGAAGCUUCUCUUGUGGUCCUAUGCAUUAUUGCAUGGACGUUAUGCAAAUAUCUCGGUUGUUGUAAGGCAUUGUGAAGAAAUUUCAAAGUCGAAGAUUAAAAGAGGAAGUGGAACCUCACCUGCGUUUUCAAGCACACCUGCUUCUACCUCUACUCAUCCAGGUAGUGGCAAAAGUGGACCAAACUCUGCCGGAGGAACUGAUGUUGAUUGCACUCCAUUUUCUAGCAGUAAUAAUACCACUAACGUUGUGAAUUCCUCCAAUGAGAUUCAGAAGAAUCUCUUUGGUUCUCCCCAAUUGCAUCCAUGUACCACCAAUGAUGAUGCAGAAAGAAACAGUUUGAAGGCACAUGAAGUAGAUAAUGUCCAAGAUUGAAUUUGUCCAAAUGGGGGCGCAUUUGAUCAUUGCAGUGGCUGAUGCCAGUUGCUCCAUGUAAAGGUUCAAAAGGUAAAACAGUAGACGCUAGUUGUACAUUCUGAUGUGCACAAAAAAUGCAGUGGUUCAAUGUAAUUCGGUUAGUAAUUAAGCUAAAUGUAUAGUAUAUCAUUUCCGCUGCAUGAUAUAUGUACAUAAAUAUGUAAAAUUUGACGGAGCCAUCAUUAAUCUAGUGCUUCACAGUUAGCUGGUUAGCAGUAGUUUUAGUGAUCGCCAAAAUUAAAUUGUUCCAUUUUGACGAUAUUUCUGAUCUUUGUAGAAAAAUAUAAUUGAAGUGUGGUUAGAGCUACA